AUGGAUGUGGAGUGUUGUGCGGAAGAAGGGAUUAUGCUGGGCCAACUUUAUCGUGUUUUGCAGACAACGCUGCUAUUACUUCUACUUCUGUUGACGUGGCAUUCGGAAAUUGUGUCCUCUGCUCAAACGGAUGCUGGUGUUCGAGAUGCAGUAGAACAAUUUAAAAAGGCGGUAUCUGAUCAUGAUGUAAAAGAAGUGCAACGUAUACUUCAUGAUGAAACGCUAAGGAAACACUUGGAAAAUAGUGUUCCAGCCCCGCUUUUUUGGGUAGUGAAUGAAGUGGUGGAUUCUAAGGAACUUGCUCGUAUAGCGUUGCUUUGUCUAGAAAACUUUGGCGAUAGCAAUUAUGACUAUGAUAAACAUCAUCCAUUAACUAUUGCAGUACGGCAUCACCUUACACAUGUAAUAGUCAUGCUUGUGGAAUGGCCAGAGACCAUUAGAGAGGUUUGGGCUAAAUAUCUUUGGUGUGAGGAUCUUGCCUUGGUGCCGGAAACCGUAACAGUCAUCCUUCACCCCGAUAGUUCUGCCUGUUUCCGUAAUUUUGCUCGAGUGGUGAAUUAUGAUCAGAGUAAACUAAUGGCAGAAAAGCAAAUAAAAGACGAAAUGAAGAAAACAGCAUCAACUGAAUUCGAUUGGUCCAAUCCGUUUUUAACCCCUCCACUAGGAAAGUUACCCUCUUCAAAAUACCUCGUGAUGAAUCCACGAGCCUUUAAUGAUUUCUCUGAGGCGGUAAGUUACUACUUUUUAGGGUCAUGGGAUUCUAUGUACGUGAUUUUAUAUUAUAUUAUUUGUAUGGUAUUGUGUCCUUUGGCGUGUGGGGUUUUUGUGGCGGCGGCACGUCGAUAA